AUGAAAUUGUUCCAAAAACAGCUUACAUAUUCGGAAUGUACUGCGAGCAGUUCAGGUCGGUACUGUGCAGUACGUACACCAUCAUGCUGCGAGAGUCGUGAUGACGAUUGUACUGCACCAAUUCUUGGCGAUCACCUCUGUUAUUGUGAUAUGUUCUGUGACCGAGGACCGGAUGGUGGGAACGAUUGCUGUCCGGACUUUGAACCCACAUGUCGCAGUCGGAAACGAAGCGACUAUCAAGGAGAUCUGAGCGGCCAAGGUGUGUCCGGCUAUUUUUCUUCGAAAUUUUCAUUUUUGAAUUCAUGUUUGAAUGGACUAUGGAAAUGCGAUACGUCGACAUGUUUAAUCCAAGAAGAUCUCCUGGAAGAAGUGCAACGUGGCCGAUUUUCAUGGACAGCACAAAAUUACUCGUUCUUCUGGGGUCGAAGCUUGGACGAAGGCAUUAAAUAUCGCCUUGGCACCCUCUUUCCAGAACAAUCUGUUCAGAAUAUGAACGAGAUCGUCAUUAAACCUCGUGAACUCCCAAAACACUUCGACGUACGCGACAAAUGGCCAGAUUUCAUUCACGAGGUUCGAGAUCAAGGCGAUUGUGGUAGCAGUUGGGCUGUAUCCACGACGACAAUCUCAUCCGACAGGCUAUCGAUUAUAUCUGACGGUCGAAUAAAUGCCACAAUUUCACCGCAACAACUUCUCUCUUGUAAUCAACAUCGUCAACGUGGCUGUGAAGGUGGAUACCUGGACAGAGCAUGGUGGUAUAUUCGGAAGUUGGGUGUGGUUGAUGAGCACUGUUAUCCAUACGAUUCUGGUCGAACUCGUGAACCUGGAAAUUGUCAGAUCUCGAAACGAAGCUACAAGAGCGGUAAUAGCAUCACAUGUCCGGCAAAUCCCGAAUUCGACAGCAGCGUCUAUAAAAUGACGCCUCCAUAUCGUGUAUCGAGCAGGGAGGAGGACAUCAUGACGGAGAUCAUCACUAACGGACCGGUGCAGGCGACUUUCGUCGUUCAUGAAGAUUUUUUCAUGUAUGCCGGUGGUGUUUAUCGUCAUACGGAGUUGGCAGCUCGCAAAGGUGACUCAUUCACUGGACAGGGAUAUCAUGCUGUUCGAAUCCUAGGCUGGGGAGUUGACCGUUCAACCGGUCGAGAGAUUCCGUACUGGUUGGCCGCCAAUUCGUGGGGACGACAAUGGGGUGAAGACGGUUUAUUUCGUAUUGUCAGAGGAGAAAAUCAUUGUGAAAUCGAGAGUUUUGUUAUCGGUAAGUUGGUGAUGAUCUCUUUUCUUUUUUUAUUUUGUUAUUUUCUUAUUUCGCUCAACGUUUUAACAGUGCUGUUUGGGUUUGUUGAGUAA